AUGAAUAAUAUCGAUGUGAAUCUUAAAAACAUGGGACAAAAUGAAGUUUCUGAUACAGAUACAUCAACCGAACCAAGUUCUAACAAAUUGCCAACAAAUGAAAAUGACAAUAUGGAAGAAACUGAUGAUCCAUUAAAUGAAUAUCGGCAAGUAACAAAUGAAACAUGUUUACAGUCAGUGCUUCCAGACUAUCCUGUAACUGUGCAAACUUCUGAAAGAGGUUCUUUGGGAAAUGAAAUAUAUAAUAUUGCACCUGGCGAAAAGAGACAUCCAGUAUCAAUUAUGACUGACAAGAAAUGUGAAGAACUUGCGUUUCCAAUAUUAUUUCCAAAAGGACGAUUUGGUUAUUUGGAAGAAAGAAAAAUUAAACUAACAUCUGUUAAGUACUUUAAUGCUAGACUUCUACAUUAUAGUGGACGAUUUGCUACAAAUUCUGAAUACUUGCAAUUGUUCUUUGCACAAUUUGUGAUUGAGCAGAAGAAAGUUUCGGAUAGCAUUAAUAUAGCUUUGAAAAAGAUCCAAGGCCAACCUCUUACUGCUUCCCAAAUAGAGUCUGAUGUAAAUAAAUUGAAAAGUUUAGUUUGUCAAGAUCAAGCAUACUUAUUCUUAAGGCAAAUACCUGGCACUCCACCAUAUUGGCAAAAAUUUAUGUAUGAAGUUAUCGCAAUGGUAAAACAACUUGGCAUUCCAACAUAGUAGGUAGAACACAAGGCAAAAAUUUAACUGAGGAGCAAGUUGCUGCUUUAUCUUAUGUUGAAAGAUGUCAAAUGCUAAAUGCUAAUCCUGUUGUUGUUGCAAAGCAUUUUCAGCACAGAGUGGAAACAUUUUUUAGUGAGGUACUUCUCAGUAAUAUUAAUCCUAUAGGGAAAAUAUCUUAUUAUGCUCUUCGUAUUGAGUUUCAAAUGAGAGGAUCUCCUCAUUUGCAUGCAUUAAUAUGGACGUCUGACUGUCCUAAACUUAGAUCUGAGAGCAAAGAUGCUUAUGUGGAGUAUAUUGAUAAACACGUACAAGCAAACCUUCCUGAUGAAAAUGAUGAACCAGAAUUAUAUGAGAUGAUAAAAAUGUAUCAAAAACAUAACCAUUCAAAAACGUGCAGAAAAUAUAAAAAUGUUAGCUGCCGCUUCAAUUUUGGGCAAUUUUUUACCAAACUAUUGUGGCUGAACCUCUGGAUCAGAAUCUAGAUGACGAAAGUAAGAGCAGUUUAUUAAAUAGACGUAAGGAAAUACUGUGUUCAGUUAAACAGAAAAUUGAUGAAGUGUUGAAUCCAUCAAAAGAAAACUAUGAUGCCACUUUGACAGAGACAGAUAUUCUAAAUUCAAUUGGUAUAAGUGAAGAUGAAUAUUACUGGGCUUUAUCUACUUCUCCUGAUUCUGACUUUGACUUACAUCUUAAAAGACCUGUAGACAGCUGUUUUAUUAACAAUUAUUUUGUCGCUGGUGUUAAGGGAUUUGCAGCAAAUGUUGAUUUACAACCAGUUUUUAAUCACUACAAAUAUAUAACAUAUGUUUGCUCAUACUUUACAAAGGAUGAAACAGAAUGUUCACAGGCUAUAGGUAAUGCAGCAAAAGAAGCUAAAUCAUCCAACAUGAAUGUUAGAGAUGGAUUAAAGAAAAUUGGAGCAGCUUUUCUCUCUAAAAGAGAAGUAAUCGCCCAAGAAUGUGUUUAUAGAUGUAUGCAUAAAUUGUGGUUAAGGAAAAUAUUCCCAGGAACAGUUUUUGUCAAUACCAAUUUACCCGAGAAAAGGGUGUUUGUAACCAAGACUAAAAAUGAGCUAGAUAAACUUGAUGAUGACAGUACUGAUAUAUAUAAAUCUAAUAUAAUUGAACGUUACAGUUUAAGACCAAAAGCAAUUCCUGCUGUUGAUAAACUAUUCUACUACAUAGACUAUAGAACAGACUAUGCUGAGACAAAUGACUCCCAACCUGAUGUUUUAAAUGAUAAUCUACUUGAGUCACAUAACUUGACAGAAGAUAGAGAACAAUGUCUUCCUCCUAAAAUAAAAUUAAUGAACAAAAAUGAAUACAUGAAGAGUAGAAAGGUUAAACGUGUUCUAAGGUAUCACACACCAAACAAAACAAAAUAACCUGAAUUAUAUUUCCACCAUUUGCUUAUGUUGUAUUUUCCAUGGAGAGAAGAAACGGACCUUCUAAGUUCUGAUAAAACAUCUACAUUUUAUGAACCUGGUGUUCAAGCUGUUGUUGAACAAAACAGGGCAGAAUUUGAACCUGAUGCAGAUGCUAUAACUGAGGCACUCGAAGCAAUGAGAAAUAAUGAAGGAAAUAUUGUUCACUCAUAAGAUUCCAUAAAUAUCAGGAAAAUUCAGAUCUCAAAGAUGAUACACCAAUUUUCUCAGAUCCUAACGAGUCCUUCAAUGAACAACAGCCUUCACAUCUUGACCCUACACAGUCAAAUCAGCAUUCAUCUGGAAUAAUUACUUACCAUAACCAACCAUCUGAAAUUUCUGAUGAUGAACUAUGGCAGUCUGUUAGAUCCUUAAACCCAGAACAACGCUGUGCAUAUGAUAUGGUUCUCUCUUGGUGCAGACAGUUAAUAAAAAACAUGAAUAAUUUAAAACCUGUUGAGGUAAAACCAAUCUAUCUAUUUCUAACUGGAGGUGGUGGUGCAGGCAAAAGUCACCUGAUUAAAACAAUAUAUCAUACAGCAGUUAAGACCUUUAGACAUCCUCAUUUUAACCCAGAGUUAGCAACUGUUCUAUUGUUGGCACCAACAGGUGUUGCAGCGAUAAAUAUUGAUGGAAUAACAGUUAAUACAGGGCUUCUCAUUCCAAAAGAAACUGGUGAUUGCCUUCGUGGAAUGUCUGACCAGAAAAAAACACAGUACAGAAUCUCUUUAAAAGAUCUAAAACUUAUAAUUAUAGAUGAAAUUUCUAUGAUUGGGAACAUAACACUAUUGCAUGUCCACCAACGAUUGAAAGAAAUUUUUGGUAUGUCAUCAACUGACAUAUUUGCAGGCAUUAGUAUCAUAGCUGUGGGUGAUCUAUACCAGCUUCCUCCAAUUAAAAAGAAUGCAAUUUUUGAUGAUUACAAAAACGAAACUCACAAUCUUUAUCAUCCAUGGGGUGUCUUCAAAAUGGUUGAACUUACAGAAAUCAUGAGACAAAAAAAAUGAUAAGGCAUUUACUGAACUUCUUAAUAGAAUUAGAACAGCUUCGCAUACAGAGGAUGAUAUUAAAGUUAUUCAGUCAAGAUGUACAACAACAUCUGAUCCUAACUAUCCAUCCGAUGCCCUUCACAUUUGGGCUGAAAAUACUCCUGUGAAUGAACAUAACCAAAAGAAACUAGAAACAAUUCAAUCACCGCUAUUUCUUCUGAAAGCAAAAGAUCAGUAUCCGAAAAAUGUCAAUAAACAAGAUAUAGAUAGAGUUUUAGCAAGAGGGCGUUCUGAAAUAUGUGGACUUGAUUUUGAAAUUCAUAUUAAAGAAGGUGCCAGAGUAAUGCUCACUACAAAUAUCAAUAUACAAGAUCGACUUAUCAAUGGACAAAUGGGGACUGUAGUUAAAAUUCAGGUAAACGGAAGUAAUAUACCAAUUAUCCUAUAUAUAAAAUUUGAUGAUGAAAAUGCUGGGAAAACAAUGAUUAACACUAGUGCCAACUCUUUUGCCAGAGAAAAUCAUCUUGUACUUAUUGAGCCUGUUUUAGCAAAAUUCAAAGUUAGACCAGGUAAACCUUCUUCACCUGAAAUUCAGAGAAUACAGUUUCCUGUUGCACUUUCAUGGGCAUGUACUGUUCAUAAAGUUCAGGGUCUUACUCUUGAAAAUGUUGUUGUUAGCUUAGAGUUGAAUAAACAAAGAUCUUUCAAUUAUGGCCAGAUCUAUGUAGCCUUAAGUCGUGCUACGUCUUUACAAGGUUUACACAUACUUGGAGAAAUACAAAGUAAACACAUAAAGGCAAAUCCAAAAGUUCAUAAAGAAUAUGAGAGACUUCGAAAUUCCUGCUUAAGAACUUUUACUAAACACAAAUCCUCCAACAGCUCGUUUGUAACCAUAUCACUGUUGAAUAUGAGAUCUCUAAGAAAGCAUAGUAAUGAUAUCAAGUUACAUUUGCAGUUGUUUCAUUCUGAUGUCCUUGCAUUUACUGAAACACAGCUUCUGGCUAAUGACUCAGACGCUGAAAUUGCAGCGAAUUUAAAACCUUUUAAAAUUUAUCGUCAAGAUCAUGAUUCAGACAAGUACUCCAGCAUGGCCAUCGAGGCUAUUAAGUUUGUUCUUGUUGACACUAAACUACAAGAAUCCCGGUCCUUCCUUUUACUGUAUAGAAAGAACAACUCUAGCGUAUCACAAUAUAUAGAAGCAUUGCGAUAUCUCCUUAAUACUACACUGAUUCUCAACCACUAA